CCACACAACGUCUGCCACACAAGUACAGUGUACUUGUGUUAACAUCUACUACACAAGUAUAUUGUGUUAAGAUGUAUGAAUGAAGUACUCCCACUAUCCAUUUAAACAGUCUGUUUCCGGCCUUCGUCACAGUAUUCAGGGAUACUGAGAUAUUUAGUCUAUCAGUCGAUACUCUCAGUCCGCUUCUGCUGCAGCUGGUCAGUGUGUGUGUAUGUGUGUGUGUGUGUGUGUGUGUGUGUGUGAGCAUGUGUGUGUAUCACUGUCUGUCUGAGGCAUACAUCACUGUCUGUGUCCGGUCCAUUAACCAGGCUCUCUGUCUCGGCUAGACAGACACAGAUCUGGGCUCUGCUCUGCUCAGAUAGAUGGAUCUGAUACAGACUUCCUCCACUUUCUGCCUCUGCUUCUCUGUCUACAUCACACACACAGACACACACAGAUACACACACACACCCACCCAAUAUGCACUGGGAAGCAGUGGAAGAUAACAGGCUGUAUAUUACAGAGGAUAAAGCAGUUGGUUUUAUGGUAGGGUCAGCUAGGCCUGAUGGUGAGGUAAAGAUGUAUCAAUUUCUGUCAAACACACAGGCACUGACCAGCCUUUAAAAGGAGGAUGAAUGAGAAGAAUAAAGCUUUUGCAAAUAUGAAAUGAAUUAGAAUACAUCUGGGAUAUCAUGAUAGGUAUAUGAUUUUGUAUACAAGUGAUAUUGCAGCUUGUUUUCUUAAAAAAUAAGUUUACUAAAGAGUAUCUAUAAACAGGAUCUGUGGAAAUGUGUCUGUGAUCUUGACUAAGGCUCUCUGACAAUUACAGGAAUCUAUCUGAGGAGCCAUGAGUUUCACUCAAAUAGUCGGUUUUGAUUGUUUUGUGAAUCAACUAUUCCUUUCACUAGUCCCUCCUGAGGAAUAAAGCCAUUCAGUGGGAAAAACUAGGAGGCUUGUAGCUGGGCUCAGUCAUGAGAGAGCCUGUAAUACACAGAGAAGCAGAGAAGAGCCACUUCCUCAGGGAUGGACCACCGUAUAUUAAGUCGCCGCCUGAGAACAUCACUGUAAACAUAUCCCAAAAUGCACGCUUCACCUGUCAAGCGGAGGCGUAUCCUGGCAACCUGACCUACACCUGGUUUUGGGAGGAAGAUAACGUCUACUUCACUAAGAAUGACCUGAAAAACCGAGUCCGCAUCCUCAUUGAUGGAACCCUCCACAUCUUCCGGGUGAAACCAGAGGAUGCAGGGAAAUACACUUGCAGCCCGAGCAACAGUCUCGGAACCCCGCCGUCGGCGUCAGCACACCUGACCGUUCUGUAUCCUGCCCGCGUAGUCAACAUGCCAUCGAUCAUAUAUGUCCCACGGAAACUGCCUGGGGUCAUCCGUUGCCCAGUGGACGCCAACCCGCCAGUGACAUCAGUGAAGUGGGAAAAAGAUGGCUACCCUCUACGAGUGGAGAAGUACCCCGGAUGGAGCCAGGCGCCUGAUGGUAGUAUCCGGGUGGCGGAGGCCACAGAAGACUCCCUGGGCACCUACACCUGUAUGCCUUACAAUGCCUUGGGUACAAUGGGCCAGUCGGAACCGGCCACUCUGGUGCUAAAGGAUCCCCCUUACUUUAACGUGAGGCCUGGGGGGGAAUACCGUCAGGAGGCUGGAAGAGAGCUGGUCAUCCCUUGUGCUGCUUCUGGAGACCCCGAGAUACCAACCAUCACUUGGAGGAAGGUGGGGAAGCCUAGCAAGAGUAAGCACAACAUCCUUCCCAGCGGCAGCUUACAGUUCCUGUCCCUCAGCAAGGAGGAUCAUGGGGAAUGGGAGUGUGUGGCCACCAAUGUGGUCACCAGCAUCACUGCCAGCACGCGCCUCUUCGUCAUCGGCACCAGCCCACACGCUCCUAGCAACAUCCGUGUGUUGCCGUCAGCGACCUCAGCCAAUGUGUCCUGGGAGCCGGGUUAUGAUGGAGGCUAUGAGCAGACAUUCUCGGUGUGGUAUGGCCCAGUGUUGAAAAAGGAUAAUUUUGGCCCACAUGACUGGCACUCCAUGCCAGUGUCUGGGUCUCAGACGUGGUUGGUGGUGCCGGGGCUGGAGCCCAGGACAGAGUACCAGUUCAGUGUCCUGGCACAGAAUAAGCUGGGUACAGGCCCUUUCAGCGAGGUUGUGACAGUUAACACUGGAGUAUCUCCCUUGAGUACCCCUGAACCACAGGUGCUACUUACUCCACCACGGUGCCUCACAGCCAAUCGCACACAACAUGGAGUCCUACUCACGUGGCUCCCUCCAGCCAAUCACUCCUCGCCUGUCGACCGCUACAUCAUGGAGUUCCGUCUUGGGGAAAGGUGGGACGUCCUCGACGACCUGAUCCCUCCCACAGAGACUGAGCUAAUAGCCAGGGACCUAGUUCAGGAGUCGUGGUAUGAGUUCAGAGUCAUGGCCGUCAUGGAUGACCUCAUUAGUGACAGCAGUAAUGUGGUGGGAGUGUCAAGCACUGACCCCUUCCCCCCGGCAGAGGUGACUGAAGAGGGCUUGGCAAGGCCUGUGGUGGCAGGUGUUGUGGCAACCAUCUGCUUUCUGGCAGCUGCGGUGCUCUUCAGUACUCUAGCAGCCUGCUUUGUCAACAAACAGCACCGUCACAAACUCAAACGCAAGCCGGACCCUCCCCUGUCUGUAACACACUUCAGGAAAAGCAUUGACUCACCGCCUCCUCUCACCCCCUUGCCCGGGGUAGAGCCCUGCUGGGACCCGCCAGCCAGGAGCAGCUACAUGCCCCCGCCCGCCAGCCCCCUGCUGUCUUCUGGGAAGAUCAGUCCAGAGAGCUCCCCUGCCGCCUCACGGCCCCAGUCCGUAUCCUCAGAUGGAGCCCACGGGCCGGGCCUGUACGUCCGUAAGCUGCCCAGCCCCCAGAGAGACAGGGACAAAGAGCUCUCCUUCUACAAGAAAACCAAGCGCGCCAUAGUCAGCAAGAAGUACAGCGUGUCCAAGCACGAGGCCGAGGUCACCAGCCCCAUCGAGUUGAUCAGCCGAGGUCCCGACGGUCGCUUCAGCAUGGCCAGCCCGCCAUCAGCCCACCGCCGUAUCCAGGGCUUCCCCUUCGCCGAGGAGUCCGACAUGUACCCCGAGUUCCGGCAGUCCGACGAGGAGAAUGACUUUGAUCCCGGGCCCCUGCCCCCGAUCAUGGCCACGCUCCGACCCCAGCUCUCCCCAACGUCCUCCAGCCUGGAGUCCACGCAGCCCCCCAACUACAGCCCCCGCCUCCAUAGGCCCAUGGAAGGUAUGAGCUUUGCGGAGGGCAGUGGGCAUCAUGCUGCGGGGCAGGCCCCGGCCUCCCGCUACAGGGGCUUUCCCCAGGUGCCCUUCUAUGGGUAUCUAGGCAGCCGUGGUGAAUCUGGGAUCCCGCCACCUUUCUACAUGCCUGACAUCAGCCCGCGUAGCUCUGCUCUGUCCUCCCCCCCAGGCACUGCCGAUGGGGGGCCCUAUGGUUAUCCUUCUAUUCCGGAGGAGAGGGAAGAGAUGGAACUCCAUCAUCAGUACACUGCCUCUGGCCAUUCCCUCCCGCAUACCCGCACCCCUCCCCCACGCUCUCCUCGCUCACCUGACAGCUGGCAGCCUCACGAGUUUCCCUUCCUGGGACUGGAGGGGCCCCGCUUUAUUUUUCCACCACACCACCCCUUACAUCAUCACCAGGACCUCCCUGACCCCCCACCGUAUCCACCUCUCCACUCUCUCCCCCCCAGCCGCCUGCACCUCCCCCCUCUGAAGGAUCUAUCCAGCCCUGGGCUCCUGCAGCUGGAGGUCCCAAUGGCUCCGCAGGGCAGAGACCGACCCUCGGGGCCUCCAGCUAGGCGCUUAGCUAUGCAACAGGCCCAGAGUCUUGGCCAGCUCAGACACACAUCCCACGGCGUGGGCGUACCAGUGUUGCCUUACCCUGACCCGGCAGCCCGUGCAGGGAGCCCAAGCACAGCCCCCAGCAGCAGCCCCCAGUCCUGGCUCAGCCCAAGGUCAGGGCGCCGGACCGACCCCUCUCUACCCCCGCUGGUCCUCCAGCCCUCCCGACUCUCUCCCUUGUCCCAGAGCCCUCUUAGCACCCAGCCAGGCUCCCCGGAUAUUCUAGUCCGCCCCCCACCUCGGCCCAGCAUUCUCCGCACCUCUCGAUCUCUGGAGAUGCCUGAAAUCACCCUGCACCCCCAAGCCACAGUCAGUUUCUCCCGAAGGUCCUCCCUGGCCACGUCCCCCACCCAGGGCCAGCAGAGUAGCCGCAGGCCCAGCCCCAGUUAUCGCCCCCACAUGUCCUAUGCCUCAACUGCAGCCAGUUACCCCUCCCAGUCCCCCUCUCCCCCCCUGGAGGGCAGGGAUGUGUUCGGGCAGUGGCCAUCCCAGAGAAGGACAGAGGAGGAGAUGCUGCCCUCAGAGCCCUCUCAGCUUCAGAUAUCCGCCUCAGGGGAACCUAUAGGUGCGUCUAGUGAUCCUGCCGGGUCUGAGAGCUUACAAGCACUACUACACCAGUGUGUUACUAAAGCCAAGAGGGUGGCUGCCAACACCAAUAACAACUCCACUUCCAGAAGAAAAACAGGUGUGACAAACUCUCAGACCCAGCAGCAAUCCCAGACCACCCCGGCUCACGGAGAAGAGCUCUACCUCCACAGGAAGAGGAAAAGACAUAACAGGAAAUACCCCUAUCUCUUUUUGACCUCCAUCCUGCACCGAAGCAGACACGCCGAGGAGGACCAGACAGACAUCCUGGCCAGUACUGACUUAGACGGGCCCAACUAUGGGACUCUACAUUGACCACUGACCGAUAUGUCAGCUACUGUCACUCACAGACAGCCCAAGCCAUGGGACGCAAUUACACUGACCCACCAACCUAGAUCUCUAUAUAACACCCACACACAAGUGAUGAUGAUCAUAAGAUAUAUACCAUCCAGCUUUUGGCAGUGGCUAGCCUGUCUCUAGCUUUUUUCUAAUAAUUUAGGAACAAAAUGAGUAUGUUUUCUGGGUCUCCCUGAGGAUAAUAUAGGGGGGCGUCAUCAAAUAAAACAUAUAUAAUGUAAAUACAUCAUUAAAUAAUGAAAUAAGGGGAGGAAAUCUCCUCCUAUUCUAGUACAAUGUGUUGAUCGUAAUCAUUCACAACACCUUAAAAGUCAGUGGUCAUGGAUGGGUCUAUCUGAGGUGUUCCAGUGACAUAGUGGACUGUGAAAACGGAUGUGUUCCUUUGACAAGGACCUUAGGCCAACUUUCCUACAAGUAAAAUAUUAUCAGUGUCUAACACAGGGUUCUUAUCACAAAAUAUACCUCAGAGUAAGCGCAGAGUUGCUGUAAUUCUAGUGGUAUACUGUAUGUAUUUUACUUUUUUUCUUCAUAUGAAAUGUAUGAAAGAAAUGGUAUAUCAUUUCAUACACUUUACACAUACAUGACUAAGGCCAGCAAUUUAAAUGAAAUGCUAUGGCCUGCAACAAAAUUCUGCUUAGAUCCCGCUUUCGAUUUCAAUCAGCAUAUUUAGCUUAAUCCCAAAAGAAUAUCAUUCAAUGCAAGGCCAGUAUGAUAUUGGUACAUUAUAAACCACUAAAAUCAAUCCUUGCAUGUUGGCUCAUUGCAUAUAACUAUGUGAGCACAUUGCCUUCUUGUUUUGACAUAAUGUAUCUUGUGUUCAAAUGAGGGCAAAUGAACACUUGAUAGAGUAAGGACAGGAAAGGGGUGAGGAAAUGUGAUGAGUAUAAGUUCAUUAAUGUAGAGGAAACCUUGAGUCAUUUGUGGAAUAUGGCACAUCUCUAGGUGCCUUGUUUGCCUUUUCUCUCUUGUUUUUGAAAAGUGAAUUAACUGCCUUUUCCGUCGCCUUCACGCAUUCUUUUUCUCUCUGUUGGGAAUCAUUAUAAGCUCUAGUCCGGCCUAUGGACUGACUAUACUUUUUCUGCCAAGGACACCUAGCUGUGAGGAAACAGUACUGAAGGCGCAUUACUCUGUUUUAUUUUAGUUUUUUUAUAUUCAAUGGAUACCUGUGUUGACUGUGUAUAUUAUACUAAUAGAACAAACCUUAAAACACUUAGUGAUGAAGAUGAGGAUGAUGACAAUUUUGUUCAUUUCAGGUUUCAAAAUGUGAUAAUGUUAGAACAUAGAUUCGAAAAAUCACAAAAUGACAAUUGAAUUCAAGACAUAGUGUCAAUUUAAAAAGUACAGAAGUGGUUAUUAUGCAGAAAGUGAAACUUGCCAUUGAUGUUUUUAUAUCAAAACAACUGUAUUCUAAAUACUGUUUUGAAAGAUCUGGGAAAAGGACCAGCUGAUUGCUGUUGCUUUAUUAUGCGAUUUACUCUGUAGAAGAUUUGUGUUGCAAUAACUAGGGUUAAACUGGAAAGGUGGAAUGGCUGUCUCAAUUAUUUAUCUCUCUAACAACUGUAUAAUACCUGCUAGCUAUUUUUCUGUACGUUUAUUCAUUUUAACACUAACCGAUAAUGAAUGUAUGUUUGCUGUACAGGAAAUGAAUGUCCUGAUGUCAUACUAUGACCUGAAAUGUGCUUGUACUAAGUUUAGGUUUAAUUGGUCAGUUGGCAAAAUAGAUUCAAUUUCACUGUUCUCAUAUCAUAUUGGUUAGAGUAUAAUAAGAGGGUAGCUGGUUAACCAAGGGUUCAACCACUGCUGGUAGAAUAUUUUCCUUUACACUAAUUACUGUUUACUUUUCCUUUUUCUUCUCACAUGGGUAGGACUUUACCUAGCUAUAGAGAGCUUUAAGCACUUGCAAGAUCUAGAGGAAUUACUAAGAAAGGCAUUCAUAUUUUAAACCCACUUGUCUGACUUGUUGUUACUUUCAUCCCUACUGAUAGCAAUUCAGAAGUUGAACUGAACAUUAGAACUCUGAAUGUAUGUAUUGAACCCCUUUCAAAACAUCAACUUUAUAGGCCCUCUCCACUCACUUUGAGAUAGUCAUCAUUUUAGGGAAUGCAGUUGUUUUAAAUUGACACAUCAACGUGCACAUUCUAAGAAUUGUACAAUAUGGGGGGGGGGGGGGAAUCUAUAUUUAUAAUGUAUACAUGGUGCAUACUGUAUUUGUAAAAAUGAAACUAAACAUAAAUAUGUUCAGUACAUGUCCAUGAUGCUUGAGGACACAAAAUAUAGAGACCGAUUUAAAGGAAAUUAUAUUAGAUGUGAUGAAAAUAUUUGCGUUAAGGAUUUAAGUGGACAAUAUUUAUAAAACAUAUUAUGGUGCCUCGUUCGUCAUAUUUUUGGAGACAUUAUUUGACAUUUAUGGAAAAGUAAAUGUUAGCACAGAACAAAAUUAAUAUUGUCAUCGGGGCCUGUUGGCUGCACAAGUUCAGUAGUAUUUCUUCUGAUGUAUAGUAUGUGAAUUAAUACCAAUUUGAAAAGCUUUAGAAUCAUCAAUGUGUCGUCCCUGGACUAAACUGCACCUGGAACAGAAAACAACCCUAACCACACAGGUAGAUUCACUCAUGAUCACUUGCCUUCAGAUGUCCAAAGUAUGAGAGAAAAAAGAGAGAGCACAUUUAUCAUUGAGUCACCGACGGUGUCAUAGUUACGGGGUACUGUAUGUGCUGCGACAGAAGUGGUGUUUACAUUAGCUAGUGAUGAUGUACGUGCUACUAGGACGCAGUUGCUUUCAACAUUAUUACUUGGUGCUAUGUUUAACUCUGUGGUGCUGUAGUUCAGAGGCCUACUGUCUUGAAGUCCUCUGUGUUUUACUAACUCAACUAGCUCCCUCGGUGUAGGUCCUAUUAGUAAACUAGCGUGAUUGGCAGUGAGCAGAUUGUAUUGAUUGUGGAAUCAGACAGUGGCAAUAGUAAAACAUGUGACAUUCAAAAAAAGACAUUAAAGAGACUUGGAACCUUUUAGCCGUCAAUGGAGCAAUGGUUAGUUUCCAACUCUGUUACAGCCUCUGUCUGUGCUUCCAGGGUACCCUCUACAAAGUGUUGUACUUGUGUUGAUGGUGAGAUAUAAUACCCAGAGUAGAUGGGGAAACCUACUGUGUGUGGAAUUAUUUAUCAGUGAUUUGGAUCAGUAUUAAAUAUGUAACAGGAGACGAGGGCGGGAAUCUGAGCACAUGGUCAGGUCAUGAGGAGAUCUUUCUACUCUACACACUUCCUACAGGUCAAAACUCUUUUUGAUUGACAGCACUGUUUUCAAGCACACUACUGCAGGGUAUAACCUUCUUACGUGAUUUCUCUCAACUGUUGUCAAAAGGUUUCCUAUUGGAGGACAGUACUGUACAGUAUAGCCAAUAGGAGUAUUCAUCAAACAGUGUUUGUAUUUAAGCUGAUUCUUAUUGUACGUUUUGAGAAAGGUAUUGCUGACACAUUCUCCAUGUAGAAUUUUACUAAUGUACUGUAUGUAGUCUUCCGGGCUCUUGCUUCUUCAACAAACAAAAAAACAUACAGUAUGUAUGAGGGCUGCUUUGGAGGUACUGUUAGAUCUAGUUUAUGUUUUUACAUUUUCUGCUUAAAGGCUUUUAGUGCAUAAGUAGGAGCAAGUACAGUAGGAUUAUACUUAGAGACAAUUUGAUUUAACUAUAUUUAUCUUGCAUGUAGAGACAAUUCAGAAAGCCUAUUCAGCAGUCAAUCCUAAACUUUCAACCUGGUUGUGAUCAGACAGAAAAUGGAAUAUGUAGUAUUUUCUAUGUUCUCUGUUUUUCCAUGUGUACCAGCACUGAGGAACUAGAAUGUAUUAUUACUGUACAAUAAGCACUACAUCUUUGACUGUUUUAGCUGUUCCUCAUCCUCAAGCAAACCAGUAGUGCUUAAAGGAAUAAUAUGUAAUACACGUCAUAGCAUAUUUUCACCCAUUGAGCCAUGCGCGUGUGCUGUACAUCACAUGUUUACAUUCUAUAUUUUUUGUUGUCUCCUUCUGUGUAUAAUCUGUUUCAAUAUGCCUUUUACAACUGAAACAUGUAUAUCAGACUGUUCAUAUGUAUAUAUUCCAAAGCAAAAACAUACAAUUUCUUUGAAUUUUGUGUUUAUUUUAGAAUGAUAACCUGAUGAUAAUUUGCUUCAUUGCUAUUUUUUUUUUUUUUAAACUUACAUCAGGAACUCUUCUCCACUAAACUUUAAUGUGAGCAAUUAACUCAUCUACUGUAUGGUGCUGUACCAAAGCCUUAUGUAAAAAUACUAGUCUGUGUUGAUUUUCUCUUUUGCCACUGCUGUCCAGGGAAUUCAAUUGUCUGGGAUCUUGUGUUACUCACUUCAUGAUCAACUGCCAUGGUACUUUGCUCUUCAGGAAAAAUGCUGAAGAAAAAGCAUAAACUCACUGGCCUACUACCACCAAUUGCCUAGAUGAUAGGUGACAAAGGCGUGUGACUUGUAGCCUCAAGACAAAGUGACAUAUGUUUAUUAAAUGGCAUUGGCUAGUAACAUUGGCUCAUGAGCGGUUAAUGACGUAGACAUACGGCAUGUUAUUUGAUCCAUGGCAUGUCCAUGAGAGGUGGAAAGCAGCAUUGCGUUCAUGUCCAUCAUACGUCCAUUGCCAACGCUUAGUCCCAUGUAAUAUUUUCCUCUCAAAUUUUUGUAUUUUGAUAUAAUAAAAAAACGUGCAUA